AUGACGAGAGAUUUAAGAAGGAGAGCAUUGGAGAGUAAUAAGACGGUAUCUAAGAAAGCAGCAUCGCGAGUAGGUUCGAAAACCGCAUCAGCAACGGAUUCUCAAACGAACUCUCGAACACAAUCAAGGGAUGUUAGUUGCCAUGCUUCGGAAGAGGACAAUGGUGAUUCGAGUGAUGAUGAUGAUGAUGAUGCUACAUCAUGGAGUCUCAACUCCAUCGAUGAUAUCGCGCAAGACCCAAACAAAGUAUCUCUCAACUGGAUCCUAGAGCUACGCGAUCGUAUCGAAGAAAUCAUAGACCAAAAGAAAAGCAGCGACGUGGGCAGAGAACGUGCUUUGAAGGCAUACAAUAAUUAUCUCAUGGUCAAAUAUUGUUACGACGAAAUCGAAAAUUCAACCGCAGAUUUGUAUCCUGCUUUUUGUAAAAGUCUCAGAGCCCCAAGAGGAGAAAAAGAAGCCUGUUUAGCUUUACGAGCUAUUGGUCUCACACUCAUUACUUGCCCUUCCGAUGAUGUCUACGAAGAUAUGUUCAAAACCCUUGAGAGAGUCUACCAAAGAUCAGAAUAUGUUACUGUCAAAGCAGCAGCUAUUAGAACAGUCUCUGCAUUAGCAAUCUACGGUGGCGCAUCCGACGCAGAAGUCGGUGAAGUUAUGGAUCAGUUCCUAGAAAUUGUCGAGUCGGAUGGUAAUUCAAUAGAUGCUGCCGAUAGCGCUGAAGUUGUUACAGCUGCAUGUGAAGAAUGGGGUAAUUUGGCUACCUUUGUGGAUGACUUGCAAGAAAAGACCGAGGCAGCAAUGGACGCAUUCGUUGACCAACUGGAGAGUUCCUCGACAUCAGUCCAAAUCGCCGCCGGAGAAAAUAUCGCUCUAAUCUACGAAAAGAGUUAUACACCACGAGAAGUAGACGAUCCUGAUCCCACCAAAGACGAAAAAGUAGACGAAGACGGCUUCCCCCUCGAUUACAGUCACGUCAAACGCUACGAACCUUUCGGUGAAAAGAACCGACUCGAAACUAUACUCUUAGAACUAGCAAAAGUGUCAUCCAAACAUAUCUCCAAGAAAGAUCGAAAGACAUUACAUGCCACUUUUGGAGAUAUCCUCGUCACAAUCAAAUACCCAGUCCGAGGACCUCGUUACUCAAAUGUACUCAAUGAGAGUGGAAAAUUACAAGGCUCUCGAAUGAAUAUUCGCAUGGAUAAGACUGAAGAUGUGCCGAUUGAUAAAUGGUGGAAAUCACACAGAUUACAAGCUUUGAGAAGGGUUCUUGGUGGUGGUUUCAUGAUACAUUAUCAGGAUAAUGAGGUGAUUCACAGUAGUCUUCCUGCACUGGCAGAAGGAACCGAAAUUGUACCAAGAAAGUUUGGAGAGUUCCGCGGUGAAUCACGUAAAGCAAAACAUCCUGACCCUUACCACAUUAAAUCACGUCAGCCCUUACGCUAUUCACCCGAUCCGGAGGACGACGUCUAUUAA